AUGUCUCAGAUUCGAUUUCAAGCCAGCAGUAUUUUGUCCAUAUUUAAGCCCCAAGAUGCAAUUAUUUCCUUGAAAUCAAUCCUUGAUAAUGCAAUCCCCCAAAAUUCAGCUUCAAUAUCCCACCCAAAAGUCAGCCCCAAGCUUCAGUCCCUUCCCCGAGACCCAAGCUUCAGCUAUCUAGCCCCAAAAGUCAUCCAGACCUCAAUAUCAAGCCCUAAGAGUGAGCCCGAGCCCCAAGAGCCAUCCCAGAGUUCAAAUCCUCCCCAAGAACCCGAGUCCCAAAACCCAAUCCCUUCCCCUUGUACCAGCCUCAAUAUCAAGGCCCCUAAGAGUGAGCCCCGAGCCCCAAGAGCAUCCCAGAGUUCAAAUCCCUCCCCAGAACCCCAGCCCCAAAACCCAAUCCCUUCCCCUUGUACCAGCUCAAAUACCAAGCCCCUAAGAGUCCAGCCCCGAGCCCCAAGAGCCAUCCCAGAGUUCAAAUCCCUCCCCAAGAACCCGAGUCCCAAACCCAAUCCCUUUCCCUUGUACCAGCCUCAAUAUCAACCCCUAAGAGUGAGCCCCGAGCCCCAAGAGCCAUCCAGAGUCCAAAUCCCUCCCCAGAACCCCGAGUCCCCAAAAACCCAAUCCCUUCCCCUUGUACCAGCCUCAAUACCAAGCCCCCUAAGAGCCAGCCCCGAGCCCCAAGAGCCAUCCCAGAGUUCAAAUCCCUCCCCCAGAACCCCGAGUCCCAAAAACCCAAUCCCUUCCCCUUGUACCAGCUCAAUACCAAGCCCUAAGAGUCAGCCCCGAGCCCAAGAGCCCCCAGAGUUCAAAAUCCCUCCCAAGAACCCCGAGUCCCAAAACCCAAUCCCUUCCCCUUGUACCAGCCUCAAUAUCAAGCCCCCUAAGAGAGCCCCGAGCCCGAGCCCGAGAUUCAAAACCCGCCCGAAACCCCAGUCCGGGCGCCGCUCGAACGCCCGCCGCCUUUCCCCCCGCAACAGUGUCUGCCCGAGCUGA